UGCAGGAAAGAGACUAUAAAAGGAGAUGGUUCAUUCACAUGAUUCAUUGGAUUGUUUCAGACAAUCGUACUUUCAUGAUUCAUUUGUUUGCUGUCAAGUGUGUAUUGACUGUUUAGAAGACUUCGUAUUAAAACUGUAUUGAAACUUUUGUAUAAAAAGAGGUUUAUUAUCUUUUAUACAUACUACAAUAAAGUUAAACCAGUGUUCAACCCAUCGCUGGCAAAAGAUUUGAUUGUAGUUUGAGAGUUGAAGGCGAGAUGGAUUAUAAACAAGGCAUUUUCAGAAAGAAUGCAGGGUCAAGGCAUUUCAGUGAGUUGGAAAAAUCAUUGUUGGAGGGGACGGUUUUAAGCUCCUUUAAGAAGGGGUUGAAUUGUUUUAUUUCUAUCUCAUGGAAUGGAUGGAUAAGGUGCUGCCGUUUCAAUGAGUUGGAAAACUCAUUGUUGAAGGAGACGAGAAGGAUUAAUAUGGAGUUUGAGAAAAUAAAGAAUGACGAGAAGAACUUUAAGGAGGGGUUGGAUUAUUUUAAUCCAUUCUCAUGGAGAAGGGAGGUGUGGGACAUAAUGGAGGAAUUGAAGAAGGUGGAGAAGAUGUCGGAUUCAAAGUUGGAUAAACUGGUGAUGGAGGAGAUUAACAAGUUGAAGAUAGAAGUAAUGAAGAACAUAGUGAAGAAUCUAGAUUGUAGGAUUUACUUUUCAUGGGUUAAGGGUUUCGAAGAAGAAAGGAGGGUACUGAAUGAAUUGAAGCAGAUGUUAGAUUUGAAGUUGGAUAAACGGAUGAUGGAGGAGAUUAAGAAUUUGGUGAUGGAAGUAAUGAAGAGGCUGUAUUGUUUCAAUAGAAGAAGGGAGGUGUGGAACAUAAUACAGAAAUUGAAGAAGAUGAAGAAGGUGAAGAAAAAGGUGAAGAAGAUUUUGGAUUUGAAGUGGGAUAAACUGAUGAUGGGGAAGAUUAAGAAAUCGCGGAUGGAAAUAAUGAAGAACCUGGAGGUGGAAGCAGCAAGGAAUGGAAUGAUGGAGGACCAGUGUGAAAUGGAAGAAAGGAAGCAAGAGUGGAGUGGUGAAAAAAGAUUUUCUUCUUCAUCCAAGCACAGUGUUCAUCUGCAAUUAGGCUUUUGGUAUCCGCAGACAUUGCCGACUAAGGAUUUGAUUUUUUACAUUCUAGUUUGUGGCUUUUUUGAGACGUUUUUAUCACAUGACAUAAAUUUUCAGCAAGAUUGUAGAUUUCCGAUAAAAAAUAGAGAAGCCACACAACUACAACUUGCUAUAGGUUAUAAAAAAAGGAGCGAUGUAAUCGAAGCGAAAAAGCGAAAAUUGAGGGGAAACUUUUCACAAGAAUGGAGCACGAUACCCAAGACUCCCUUCCAGAUAUCCAUGAUCCAUUACAAGAUUUCUAUGGAGAAUCAUCUCACCAACCAGAUUUUUUUGAUGAGAUUGAUAAUAUUUUUUGGCACCACAUACCCAGUGAUGCAGAUUUGUCGUCGGAAUUAGAAUUGAACAUAUCAGGGUCCACUGAGAACGUCGAGAUUGACAAUACAGAUUUCUCAGAUCGAAGCUACCCUGCAGCAAAAUAAGUUUCACUUCCAGACGACAGAAUAGUGAAUCUGACAACAGUGUCAGCAGAGUCCAAAGUGAACUCUAGUAUUACUGAAUUCGCAACUGACAAUCCUGCCUCGGCUCCCAAAUCUUCCAGGAAACUUCAGGAUAACAUAUUGGUUGUUGAUGCAACUCCGUCGGUCAAAGAAAUCGUGGAAUCGAGUCGAAUGCUUGAGUCAAAGUUUUGUGAUAAUGGUAUAAUUGGUUCUGCUGCAGCAAAAACAAGUCUUCAAGAUAACACAAUAUCGGAAGCCGAUAUUUCUUUUGACUCUAUCACCACGGAGCGUGUUAUAGGGGAAGAAAUCCAAGAAAUGACCACCCUUCCUGACAUAUUUUCAGGGGGAAUAAUUCACGGCGACAGCAGAAAAAGAUCACACGGGGAAAGCAGUAACUCUGUCGAAGCCGUUGAGACUGCAUUCAAGAAGAGAUCGGAACACUCGUGUAGCUCUAAAGAUGAACCCCCUACUAAGAAAAAGAAAAAGUGUUGCACGCGGGAAAAGAGGGAGAGGAUUCUUAAGAAAUACCAGGAUGUUCAGAGAGAACAUGAAGAAAUAAAAGCCGAUGAGAAAAAACUGUUAGAAGAAAUCGGACUCUAUGUGAACAUUGUAGUUUGUAAGUUGAAAGGACGGUGUUAUUACUGCAACAGUGUUCUCCAAGAAAGCCCCGAAGGCACAAGCGGUGAAUUCAGCAGCAGAAACAGUCCACAUGAGGAAAACUGCAACUCAACAGUUGCUUCUUUACUUGAAACAACAAGUGCUUUUGAGCUCAUCUGUAUCAGUAUGAAAAGUAAGUUAAGAAGAAUUCAGUGUAUUCAGUGUAAAAUAUGAUCAAGAGCAGAAAUUCCUAAGAAUUUCACUCAUUUAUUUUUAGUACGCAUUAAUUAGUAAUAAAUGUCUCCGUGAUUGCAUGACAUAACACGAGACAUCGUCAGCUUGAUUAUAGCAACACUAGCAAGUAUAUAUAAAGCUAGAAGCUGUUUUGAGCUGUUUCCAGGAUUAUGAUUUAGGGAACUGGUCAUAAAGUAACUUAUGGACGUUGGGAAACCUUGAGUUAGGCAAAAAGUUUUCGUUUUAUAAGAUACGGCACAAAUUUUCUCGGCAUUUUUCUACCAUUUGUUAGUCAUUUUAUUUUGUUUCUCCGUCUCUUUUAUUUCUUCAGGAUGUCAUCUUUUUGCUCUGACAAUUGCAAGUUGUUUUUUUUUUCAUAUUUUGCCACAUUUCGUGUUUUUUUUUUAUCAAACACAAUGGUCUUUUGGGCAAACUUUUCUUAGGCCAUUUUCAAUGAUUUCCUAAAUCUGCUAGUGAGUUAUUUACUUUAUAUUCUGUUUUGAUUCUGUCUACUAAUAAUUAACCCGCCAAUCACAUCACUUUAAUCCACUAGUUCCCAGUACUGGAGCUAGAUUUUCAGUCACAAUUACAGAAAUAAUAAUAUCAAAUUGUUUAGAAAACCUUCUCUUUCAUUUUAACUUAAAGAACUUUCGGUUGAAACCUGCUUGUAUAGGUUGCCAUAUAGGUCUAUAUAAUUUUCUGUUAGCGCAGACUUUUUGAUAUUUUUUCAAUAGUUUGGUGACCAUUUUUCUUUGAAUAUCAGUUGCUGUUCGUUUAUUUUUUUCUGUCUGGUCAUUUUCGUAUUUCUCUCUGUGAAGGAUAAUUUACUUUUACAACUUUUACAAUUUCUUUUUUCAUGCCUUUUCCAUCAUAUUUUUUAUUCUUCUGUAAGAUUUCGUGGUUGUCACCGGCUUUCUGCGCUGUUUCUAAACCAUGAAGCCUCUCGCAAUCAUCGACUUUUACAUUUUAAAACAGUGCCGAUUCUGCGGGAAGGUUCCCCAACGAAUCAAAAUGUUGAAUAUACUGAAAAACAUACCGUUUCUUAUGAACGUAUUUCAGCAAAUUACUUUAUGACCAACCACAAGUUCCAAAUCACUUGUAAAAGAUACAGGGUUCGUACAGAAAUUGAAAGUCCUUGAAUAAAUGAAUAAAGAAUUCAUGGCGGUCCUUUAGUUUUGAUGAAAAAUGCUUGAAUUCUUUGUUCACGGACGUUGAUAGGUCCACAGAUUUUGCAUACUGGCGAAUAUCAAACACAUUGUGAGUUUUCAUUAGGGUCAACACUAGUUUGCUGAUAAUUGCCACAGUUUAAAACACUUUUUGCCCGCUUCAUUUCCUGUUAAAAAAGUCUCAAAAAGUCAAAGGUGCAUGCCCGACCUGUACGAAUCCUGAAAAAGUGAGUUAAUGAGCGCAAAUGUAGCGCGUCCAAAUAUAUAGGACAUUACCAUAUAUCACGUUAAAUAUAUAUGACUUAAAUUUGCGCAGUUAUUUUCAGUGAAAACCUGCGCUGACAUUAAAUGGCGAAUGUUGACCGCGCGAAUCUACAGUUCGGUUGUUUAAACUCUUCAUGUAUAAAACAGUAGUUUUUGAAUAUGAUGCAUGUUGUUAAAAUGUGAGAAAUUAAAAUUUCUAUUGACCCUAAAAUGAUUUCUAGA